CAUACUAUCUUUAUACUUUCUCCCUUUUCCAGUUUCUUUUAGUACUACUAGUUCUUUUUCCCUUGUUCUUUACUCAAUUUUUGAUACCAUUCCAAUUAGUAGCUUUUACUUAAUCUAUAUUUUCUUCUCAUAAAAGCCCGGCCUCUUUAUGAUCCCAUUCUAGUACUUAGUUUUAUUUGCUAUAUUUGCAUAUGGGGGCUGGAUUUUCUAGCUUAGAGGAUCGUGAGAAAUUAGCAAGUGAUGGUUCCUCAAAGCCUGGCCUUGAAGAUUUGCCAGAGAGCUGCAUAGCUUUGGUCCUUACGCACCUCGACCCCAUUGAGAUCUGUAAAUUUGCUAGCUUGAAUACAACAUUUCGUCAAGCUUCCUUGACUGAUUAUGUAUGGGAAACAAAGUUGCCUGAAAAUUUUCAAUUUCUUGUGGAAAACCUCUGGGACGAAGAUUCAUGUUCCGACAGCUUAACCAAGAAAGAGAUAUUUGCCAGGUUAUGUCGUCCGAAUCACUUUGGCAGCAGCAACAAGGCGUUUUGGCUGGAAAAGAAUAGAGGGGUAUGUGUGUGUAUAUCGUGGAAGGAUAUGAAGAUAACAGGCAUAGAAGACCGGAGAUAUUGGAGCCAUAUCUCUUCUGAUGAAUCAAGAUUCGGUACAGUUGCAUUUCUUAAACAAAUAUGGUGGGUAGAAGUGGAAGGAAACCUCGAAUUCGAAUUCCCAGUAGGGAAUUACAGCCUAUUCUUUCGUCUGCAGCUGGGAAAAAAUUCGAGAAAAAUACUAGGCCGACGAAUCUGCAAUGUUGAACAAGUCCAUGGCUGGAAUAUCAAACCGGUGCAGUUUCAAUUAUCAUCAUCAAAUGGUCAACAUGCCACUGCACAGUAUUUUUUGAAUGAGCCAGGAAAAUGGAUACAAUAUCAUGUGGGAGAUUUUGUGGUGGAAAAUUCUACCAUGCCAACAAAGUUAAACUUCUCAAUGGCUCAAAUUGAUUGCACCCACACGAAAGGUGGUCUUUCCUUAGACUCUGUGCUCAUUCUCCCUGCUGAGAUUGGAUCAAGAAAAGUAGGUUAAUGUAAAUUGUAGGUACAGAAGUAACGUACCGAAGGUGCGGUGUAGCGAUUAUUAAAGUGUGAAAAUCAUGGCGGAAAUGGGGUUUGAAAUCUCAACAGAGACGAAAAAAAUGGGGUUUGAAAUUUCAGUAGAGAUGAAAAAAGGGUAGGUGAUUUCUUCCUAUUUAAUUUGUUGCCAUGAUUUAAUCGGUAGCUAUUAAAAAGUUGUCUCAUUCAGUACAUAGUAUGUUGCUCCCGAAACUACCGUUAUUUAAUUUUAGAAAAAAUGUAAUCAUGUGAGUAGGUCUUGUUUAUAAAUUCUAGUCAACUAUCACAUGUUGCAGAUGAAAAUAAGUUUUUUUUGCUUC